GAUCAUAUAAAUUGCGACCGAACUUCUUCCACAUCUCACCACUCACCACUUUGUGAAAACACCAAAAACAGAGGACACAGAUAACACAAAAAACACUUUUCCGAUCCGAUCUCCGCAACGCCUCCUUCGCUCGAAUCCGACUGUUAUAUGGAGUCUCGACGCCUCGAUCUCGGACCGAUGAGUUGAAAUGCAGCCAGCUGAUUCGUCGUCAUUGUCUCGCCCAGUGUUGAAUCCUUUCUCCUUCAAUGACGAUUUGAGCAGUGAGGGUUUCGGCGGCCCUAGGGUUUUGUUCUUCGCUUCGCUUUUUCUGUUCCAAGGAGGGGGAAUGGAUUUAUCCAAGGUUGGAGAGAAGAUUCUCAGCUCGGUCCGGUCCGCCCGAUCGCUCGGCAUUCUUUCUGCGCCGUCCGAUCGUCCUGAGGUUCCAGCUCGUGUUGCUGCUGCAGCAGCAGUUGCUCGUGCUAUUGCAUCAUUACCUCCUCAUCAGAGGCUAAUUCUCCCAUCAAGUUCUGAAGAAUUGAACUCAAUAUAUGGGAGCAGACCUCGUGGUCAAGUAGUGGAGGAGCUGGAGGAAGACUUCUAUGAAGAGGUUUUAGUCACUUAUUAUUGUCACUUUUGGUUUUAAUAUGGGCUUGAUUAU